AACAAUUGACGACACCCUCGAACACGGAAUCGUCUGUAUUGUUGUUAGGAAAUACAACAGCAGUUUCCAAACAAUUAGCGUACAGUUAUUUUUUUUCAAUAUUGUACUUUUAACAUAAAUAUGUAUCCAGGAGAACCUAUAUUAAUAAGAGCACAUUUUUGAAUGAAUUACUUCCAUAUACAACCAGAUACUAAACAUUGCUCAUUUUGUCACUGUUGAAAAAUACUGGUGCAGAAAGUAGCAUUGACUUUACUCAAUGAGAUUGUGGUUGGAAAGAUGGCGUCCCAGUGCAGCCUUUCUGCUUUAUUUUCAAUCCAGAGCCAGUUGGACUACGCCCUGGACAACGCUACUAACCAACAAGAGAAAGAAAACCUUGUCUACCAGUACUUGAGAAAACUAGACGACAAAGAUGACUUGAGGAUUCCCGAUUUUGAUGAAGGUCUCGAAUGGCUGAACACAGAAGGUCCCCUUUCGUUCACAAGAGAGCUUGCUGGUAAAGUGGUGGUGUUGGACUUCUUUACUUACUGCUGCAUCAACUGCAUGCAUAUCCUACCUGACCUGCAUCAGCUGGAGAAAAAGCACUCUGUCAAAGAUGGGCUUGUUAUCGUGGGUGUCCACUCUGCCAAGUUCCCCAACGAAAAGGUGCUGCAGAACGUGCAGAGCGCUGUGCUCCGCUACAACAUCACCCACCCGGUGGUGAAUGACGGAGACGCUCGGCUGUGGCAUGAGCUGGAGGUGUCCUGUUGGCCCACCCUGGUGCUCAUUGGGCCCAGGGGCAACCUGCUCUUCUCGCUGGUGGGAGAGGGUCACCGCGAGCACCUAGCGCUCUUCACCAGCACCUCCCUCCGACACUAUGGGGACCAGGUCCUGCUUAGUGACCACCUUGUGGGGACCAAGCUUUACAGGGACUCUCUGCCCCCAUCGCUUCUUUCGUUUCCCGGGAAGGUAGCAGUGGAUUCCAGUAGCAAGAGACUGGCUAUAGCAGAUACGGGCCAUCAUCGGGUACUGGUGGUGUCCAGCAUUGGGCAGGUGCUGUACUCUAUAGGAGGGCCCGAGAGCGGUAGGAAAGAUGGUAAUCUCGACGAAGCAACCUUCUGCUCCCCACAGGGGGUUGUCAUCAAAGGAGAUACUGUCUUUGUGGCCGACACUGAAAACCACCUGAUCAGAAAGAUUGACUUGUUGGAGGGGCAAGUCAGCACCCUGGCAGGAGUGGGAUUUCAAGGCACAGACAAGGAGGGAGGGGCCAUGGGACCCCAGCAGCCUAUCAGCUCACCCUGGGACGUGGCCCUUGGGACUGCAGGCGGUGAGGAGGAUAACGUGCUGUGGGUGGCCAUGGCAGGGACACACCAGAUCUGGGCUCUGUUCCUGGCCAAUGGGAAGCUGCCUAAAGGAAGCGAGUCCAAAGCGGGGAUGUGUGUGCGCUUCGCCGGCAGUGGCAACGAGGACAAUCGCAACAACGCCUACCCCCACAAGGCAGGCUUUGCCCAGCCCUCGGGCCUGGCCCCCGCUCCGGAGGAGCCCUGGGGGUGCCUGUACGUGGCCGACAGCGAGAGCAGCACUGUGCGCUCCCUGGCGCUGAAGGAUGGCGCCGUCAAACUGCUGGUGGGGGGCGAGAGAGACCCCCUGAACCUGUUUGCCUUUGGGGAUGUGGACGGAAAAGGAGUGGACGCAAAGCUCCAGCACCCUCUCGGUGUGGCCUGGGCUCCUGACCAAGGCCUCCUCUAUGUGGCGGACUCCUACAACCACAAGAUCAAAGUGGUGGACCCAAAAACCAGGCAGUGUCUGGUUGUGGCUGGGACAGGGGAAGCUGGUGACGUGUUAGGGCCAGGGUUGACUGAAUCCAGCUUCAAUGAGCCUGGUGGCCUAUGUGUCGGGGAUGGGGGUAGGGUGCUGUAUGUAGCUGACACCAACAACCACCAUCUCAAAGUCCUGGACCUGGACACCAAGACCGUGUCGCUGUUUCCCAUUUCAGUGGAGGACGCGGUAGACUCUGCACCAACUAAGUCCUCUGGGCCUUGUAAAGUCCCCAAGCUCCCCAAAUCUGCUUCUAGGGUGAAGAUGCCACCACUGGCAGUGUCACCAGGACAGACACUCAAUUUGGAGCUGGUGCUAUCGCUACCAGCGGGCACCAAGCUCACUGAAGACGCACCCAGCUUUUGGACCCUGUCAGCAGAAGGUAACGAGUGGUUGGUAGGGAGCCAGGUGGUGACCGGGGACAUCCAAGAUCUUUCCCAGCCCCUCUCCAUCCCUACCAUACUUCCAACGGUUCCCAAGGCGACAGAGGCCAGCCCCUUCAUCACCCUGAGUGUCUGGGUUUACUGCUGCCUGGCAGGGGGCGGGGCUUGUAUGAUGAAAGCCGCCUCCUUCAUGCAACCUCUCCAGAUAGGCUCCACACCCAGAAAAGGCUCGGUUACCGUGACGCUUGCUCAUGCCUUCUAACUUAACAAGCCUCUAGCUCUUCCCUCUCGUUGGGACUUUGUGUUUCAAAUAUGUUUUAUUUUGAAACGAAGAUUCAAGUAUACAAAUGUACAAAUCCUUUUGAGAGCUCCUUUUUAUCACAAACGAUAACAGUAACAAAUAAUUUAUCACAGGGGACAUAAUCACUGCACCAAUUGAGUAGAGGUAGCAGUUCUCGCACUCCAUAUCAAGCCAGCAGGACGACACAGCAGCGUCAUUGAGCCAAAACGUGACAGAGCGGAUAUUUGCACUCCAAUAGUAACAUAUAAAGUUUGGAAGAGCCAAUCCUCCUUCCAAUGUAGAUUUACAAUGGUUUUUAUUACUUAUCCUAUGUGCUUUGUAUUCCCAAAUAAAUAGGUUUAUAAUCGAGUCCAGUUAAUUAUAAAAGGACUUCGUCAGAAAUAAAGGGAUAUUCUGGAAUAGAUAUAUGGUAUAACAGUUGAGGGAGGAAGACCAUCUUAAUUGCAUUAACUAUAUGGGGGAAUAUAUGGGGGAAGCAUUUUGUUGGGGCUUUGUGGACUGUCGUUCAAAAGUCUAGAGACUUGGAUGGGGGGGCUCUGAAUAAGGGGGCUCAAGGGGGUUCUGAAUAAGGUUUACAUAAUACAUUCAUAAGCACUCCGUAACACCUCUAGAAAACCAUCCAUAGACUUUUAUGUCCACUACAGGACUGUUGUUAAUGUUACCUCAUUCAUACCUUUAAUUAAACUGUGUCAGCUGAUUGGCUUGGAUUUGCACCAGCCAACUUGCUUACUUAAAUAAUACUUCAGAGCUGGCAAAACUGGUUACAAUUAAAUACAAUUUCAACACAUUUUGUCCUGCUGGGUUUGUCAUAAGGCAUUUACAAACAGUUUGCUCACCAUUUAUGAAUCAUUACUCCCACAUUUGUAGAUGUUAGUAACCUAGUUAUUCACACAUUUAUACAAAAAUAUUUUUAAACUGAUGUAUUAAUGAUUCAUAAGAUAAUUCAUAAGAUGGUUAAUAUAGGUCCUUAUAAACCAUUUAGUGAGGGCUUAGUGUUAAUGUUACCUUAGCAUUACCAGCCCUCAUAAUGCCUUUUAUGAGGCAUUAUUACACUGAGCUAGCAUACAUUUUUAUAGCGCUUUCUCCUUUUUCUGUCUUCUCUAUAAAGGGAAGAGAAUAUUGAAUGGAUCAAAAUAUUUUUUGGGGGUGAUCAAAUGUAUUAUUAUUAUUUGAUGAUAGACUAGACCAGGGGUUGUUCCAAAAAUCAGGAUCAGUGAGUUAGCUGCUAACUGUCCUAAAUAUUCUGAAAUAAAUUAUUUUUGAGAAAUAUAGUUGAAAUUGGAAUGAUGUAAUUGCCAAAUUUUGAUUUUGUUUUCCAACUGAACCAAAAAAAAUCAAGAGAUACAGUAUAUCUGAUUGUUUAUCAAAGCUGCUUUCUGGAAUACCCCAAAGUACUUCACACCCAAAUCAUCACAACACAAUCAAUACAUUCACAUCCCCACAACCUAUCCACAGGACCUGCUUCACAGGGCUUAGUAAUUUAAAGCAACAAUUUCAGGCUGUCAAUAGUUAUAAACCAUGUGUUUACAUUUUCUGUUUUGGCACCAUGUUGCAGUGCAAUUGGGAUUUCCAUUUGCGAUAUGUUCUAUAAGAACAAGAACUGUAAUAUUGAAUUACUGUAAUGCUUAUUGUUUACUACUACAAAUAAAAAAAGUUACAAUUA